AUGUGGAUGUUUUCUUGGCCUUGGGCCAAUCUGAUGAUUUUAGUUGUUGCUGUAAUAGGCUUACUGGCCAAGACCACGCCAUCGACAAAAUUUACCAAGAAACCUCCUGGAAAAGAUGUCCCAAAGGGUUUUAAGCCAUCCACUGCACCCCCUACCAAAGAAGAAACACCAUUCACAGAGGCAGAUGAGAUGGAGGAAAUGACCACAGAGCCUCCUGCGAUGACCUCUGCCUUCACUCUCUUCCCUUUUGAUAACUUCACUCUGGACACAGCAGAUUUCCUUUUUAAUUGCUGUGACUGCUGCAUGCCUGCCCCUGGGCCAAAAGGAGAGCCAGGGGAGCCUGGAUGGCCAGGUCCCAAGGGAGAGACUGGUGACUUAGGGAAUCCAGGUCAUCCAGGAAUUGUUGGGCCACCAGGCACAAAGGGCCACAAAGGCGAAAAGGGAGACAAAGGAGAACAUGGUGAUCCAGGAGUAAAUGGAGUUCCAGGAUAUCCUGGGAAACCUGGAGAACGAGGUGGACCUGGACCUACAGGUGAUAAAGGGAACAUUGGGCAGGCUGGAGUAAAAGGACAAAAAGGAUCCAAGGGAGACCCGUGUGAGAAUGGCACCAAGGGAGAUAAAGGAGACAGUGGGGACAUGGGGCUACCAGGCUUAAAUGGAGAAACCGGAGCCAAGGGAGAAAAGGGGGAGAUGGGUGAUAAGGGAUUCUGCGGAGAAUCUGGAGAAAGAGGAGGAAAAGGGCAAAAGGGGGAAGUAGGAAUGAAGGGAGAAAAAGGCAGCAAAGGAGAUGUGGGGGGAGAAGGCGCCAGGGGCUUAGAUGGCCAGCAUGGCAUCCCGGGUGAGCCAGGUAUUAAAGGUGAAAAAGGGGAUCUAGGAUCUCCUGGUGUUAUUGGGCCAGUUGGACCUAAGGGAGAUCUUGGUGGCAAAGGGACCCGAGGGACUGUUGGGAAAAAAGGCUCUCGGGGUCUCAAGGGCUCAAAGGGGGAAUGUGCCAGUGUCAAAAGAUCGGCAUUCAGUGCUGGCUUAUCCAAGCCUUUCCCUGCUCCCAAUAUUCCUAUCAAAUUUGAUAAGAUUCUCUAUAAUAAGCAGGGGGACUACAAUCCAGGCACUGGGAAAUUCAAUUGUAGCAUCCCAGGAGUUUAUGUCUUUGCUUACCAUUUCACUGUGAGAGGCAGGCCUGCCCGGAUCAGCCUUAUAGCACAAAACAAGAAGCAGGCCAAGUCUAGGGAAACGAUUUAUGGCCAAGAAAUCGAUCAGGCAUCUUUCCUCACCAUUCUCAAACUAAAUGCAGGAGACCAAGUCUGGCUAGAAGUUGGGCGAGAUUGGAAUGGAGUGUAUGUCAGCGGCGAAGAUGACAGCAUUUUUACAGGGUUCCUAUUGUACCCGGAAGAUGUCACUGAUUUUUCGCCAUAG